AUGCCGGUACGCCGGGGCCAUGUGGCCCCCCAAAACACCUACCUGGACACCAUCAUCCGCAAAUUUGAAGGGCAAAACCGCAAGUUCCUCAUUGCCAAUGCCCAGAUGGAGAACUGUGCCAUCAUCUACUGCAACGAUGGCUUCUGCGAGAUGUUUGGCUACUCCCGCAUGGAGGUGAUGCAGCAACCCUGCACCUGCGACUUCCUCACCGGCCCCGACACCACCAAGAGCUCCAUUGCACAGCUCACCCAGGCCCUGCUUGGCUCCGAGGAGUGCAAGCUCGAGAUCCUCUACUACCGCAAAGACACUUCGUGUUUCCGCUGCCUGGUGGACGUGGUGCCGGUGAAGAACGAGGAAGGCGUCGUCAUCAUGUUCAUCCUCAACUUCGAGGACCUGGCACAAGUCAUGGCCAAGACGGGGGGCCGGAGCCUGCACCGGCGCCUGUCGCAGAACUUUAAAGGAGGUCAAGGUAGGACUUUGAAGUUUAGUCUCCCGUCCCUGCGGCGACUCAAAAUCCAGCGGAAAUCUCUGCCCACCAGUGAGUUUGAUGGAGUAGCCAUUGACUAUGGAAAGCCUGGUGGUGACUCCCUGAUUUUGAGGGACUUGAAGACAUCGUCCAAGGAGAACUGUGUGCAGUCAGAGACCGAAUCCCUCCUGGAAAAGGAGCGGAGGCCAAGCCUGGAGGCCGACCCCACCCUACAACACUCGUCCCCGAAACAAGAGCCUCCCAUGCUGGGCCCACCAGGGUCGUACUCUGCGUGGGGUUUCUUUCGGUCUCGCCCCGGGGGCAGCUUCCACAGCCUCCGCAGGGUCUCCUCCUUGGACAACUUUGAGGCUGCGAGGUCUGAGUUCCAGAGAAAAUUCAGGGAAAGGAGGGCAAACUCAGAGGCUUCCCACGUCAAACCCAACCCCCCGAAUUCCACCUCGGACUCAGACCUCAUGAAAUACAGGACCAUCAGCCAGAUCCCCCAGUUCACACUCAACUUUGUGGAGUUCAACCUGGAGAAGCAUCGCUCGGGCUCCACCACGGAGAUCGAGAUCAUUGCCCCGCACAAGGUGAUGGAGCGCACGCAGAACGUCACCGAGAAGGUCACACAGGUGCUGUCCCUGGGUGCUGAUGUCCUCCCCGAGUACAAGCUGCAGGCGCCUCGCAUCCACCGAUGGACCAUCCUGCACUACAGCCCCUUCAAGGCCGUGUGGGACUGGCUCAUCCUUCUGCUGGUCAUCUACACAGCUGUCUUCACCCCCUACUCAGCUGCCUUCCUGCUCAACGAGGAGCAGGUGGAGGAGAAGCACUGGGACUGCAGAUACUCCUGCGACCCACUCAACAUCAUUGACCUUAUCGUGGACAUCAUGUUCAUCGUGGACAUUGUCAUCAACUUCCGUACCACCUACGUCAACAUCAACGACGAGGUGGUGAGCCACCCUGGCAAGAUUGCCAUCCACUACUUCAAGGGAUGGUUCCUCAUCGACAUGGUUGCAGCCAUCCCCUUUGACCUGCUUAUCUUCCGCUCCGGCUCUGAUGAGACCACCACCCUCAUCGGCCUCCUGAAGACCGCCCGGCUGCUGCGCCUGGUCCGCGUGGCCCGCAAGCUGGACCGCUACUCGGAGUACGGAGCAGCUGUGCUCUUCCUGCUCAUGUGCACCUUUGCCCUCAUUGCCCACUGGCUGGCCUGCAUCUGGUAUGCCAUCGGCAACGUGGAGCGGCCCUACAUGGAGCACAAGAUCGGCUGGCUGGACAACCUGGGAGACCAGAUCGGCAAGCGCUACAACGACAGCGACCUCUCCUCUGGCCCGUCCAUCAAGGAUAAAUAUGUCACUGCCCUCUACUUCACCUUCAGCAGCCUCACCAGUGUGGGCUUUGGCAAUGUCUCACCCAACACCAACUCCGAGAAGAUCUUCUCCAUCUGUGUCAUGCUCAUUGGCUCUCUGAUGUACGCCAGCAUCUUUGGCAACGUCUCCGCCAUCAUCCAGCGCCUGUACUCGGGCACUGCUCGCUACCACACGCAGAUGCUGCGGGUCAAGGAGUUCAUCCGCUUCCACCAGAUCCCCAACCCCCUGCGCCAGCGCCUGGAGGAGUAUUUCCAGCAUGCCUGGUCCUACACCAACGGCAUCGACAUGAAUGCGGUGCUGAAGGGUUUCCCUGACUGCCUGCAGGCAGACAUCUGCCUCCACCUCAACCGCACGCUGCUGCAGAACUGCAAGGCCUUCCGAGGAGCCAGCAAAGGCUGCCUGCGUGCCCUGGCCAUGAAGUUCAAGACCACCCACGCACCACCCGGAGACACCCUGGUGCACUAUGGAGAUGUCCUCACCACACUCUACUUCAUCUCCCGGGGCUCCAUCGAGAUCCUCCGGGAAGACAUUGUGGUGGCCAUCUUAGGGAAGAAUGACAUCUUUGGGGAGCCCAUCAGCCUCUACGCCCGCCCAGGGAAGUCCAACGCUGACGUGAGGGCCCUGACCUAUUGUGACUUGCACAAGAUCCAGCGGGAGGACCUGCUGGAGGUCUUGGACAUGUACCCAGCCUUCUCUGACAACUUCUGGAGCAACUUAGAGAUCACCUUCAACCUGCGAGAUGCAGACAGCGUUCCGCGCUCGCCACUCAGCGAGGAGUACGACUGCAGCUACCGCCGCUCGCACCGCCGCAAGCACUCCCUCUGCCAGCCCAGCAAGCCAGACCCAGACACGGGCAUCUCUGAUGCAGAGCAGUAUCACACCUACUCAGAGCUCACCAACCCGCAGGACCCGCUGAGUAAGGAGCAGUGGGACGACCUGGGCAGCAGCACCACUCCCUGCUCCCAGACCAGCGAUGAUGAGGCCAAGACUGGCAGCCCUGUGAAAGCAGAGAGCUUCCCCACGUCCAAAAAGAAUGACUUGGCUCUGCCCACACUCAGCCUCAUCACCACCAGCACUGGCGACAGGGAGGCUGGCAAGCAGGCAGCGCAGAGCAGCCAGUCCUAUGCAGCCACCCCCCUGGACAUCCCCAACAUGUUCACCUUCUGGGAGGACCGAAGGCCAAACCACAACCCAGAGUCUCUGCAACACAUCUCCUUGGUACAGAGCUCCCAGGAUGUUCCCCUGCACAACGACCACAGACCAGGGCAGAUUGAGUCCAGGCUGGAGCUCCUGCAGGCCCAGCUCAGCAGGCUGGAGUCCAGGAUGUCGUCAGACAUAAAUAUAAUCCUGCAGCUCCUGCAGCGCCAGCUGUCCCAAGUGCCGCCCGCGUACAGCCCCAUCUCACCCUCCUCCCACAACCUGGCCAUGUACGGCAUCCUCCCGCGGAGCCUGGAGCCGCUCGCCCCCUGUGCACCCCCCGAGGACAAGGAGAGGACAGCCCCAGAGCAGAGCCCAAGCUACACAGAGGUGGAAAAGUUCCACUUGCAAUCCAGGGACUCCUUGUCAAGCAGGAUGCACCUUGCUAUGGCAUCUGACGAAACCAUGACAGUCUACUCCGAGCAGGAGCACCAUUCCCCAUCUCUUCCAAACCCAGAGCCUCCUCCCCACCAAAAGGCACCAAACAGCAAGGGACUCUUGAGGGGCUCUCGUUUCCCUUCCCUCCCUGAGCACUUGGAGGCAUCUUCUGAGCAUCAGGACAUUCAGAGACACCUCUCCGACCCAGUGCUUCCUGGAAGUUAA